CCUUGGAAUCGGGCUGGGCGAGACUGAUUGGACGGGCCGCUGAGGUGUGCGCCCGCAGAUGUCUGCGCGUCUCCGGGGGCAGAGCGUGCCAUCCAGAUCCUCCCAGUCCGCGCUCUUCGCUGUCCAGGCCACAGCGAUCGCCAUGACCCACCUACCGCCCGACGUUGCAGAGGACGACUGUCUGCCGGAGUAUCGCCACCUGUUUUGCCCGGACUUGCUUCAGGACAAGGUGGCUUUCAUCACGGGCGGUGGCUCUGGAAUCGGGUUCCGGAUUGCUGAGCUCUUCAUGCGGCACGGCUGCCACACGGUCAUCGCCAGCAGAAGUCUCCCGAGAGUGUCGACGGCUGCUAGAAAGCUGGCUGCUGCCACUGGCCAGACGUGCCUUCCGUUAUCGCUGGAUGUCCGAGUGCCCGCGACAAUCGUGGCAGCCGUGGAGCAGGCCCUGCAGGGGUUGGGAAAGGUCGACAUCCUCGUAAACUGUGCAGCUGGGAACUUCCUGUGCCCCGCCAGCGCCUUGUCCCCCAACGCCUUCAAGGCCGUGCUGGACACCGACACCUUGGGCACCUUCAACAUGUGCCGCGUGCUCUACGAGAAGUUCUUCCGGGACCACGGUGGGGUGAUUGUGAACAUCACCGCGACCCUUGGUACCCGGGGGCAGGUGCUCCAAGUGCAUGCAGGCUCUGCCAAGGCGGCCGUGGAUGCCAUGACGCGGCACCUGGCUGUGGAGUGGGCCCCCCAGAACAUCCGUGUCAACAGCCUCGCCCUGGGCCCCAUCAGUGGCACAGAGGGUUUCCGGCGGCUGGGCGGCCUGAAUGCUGGCUUGCAUACAGAGACCUUGGCCGGCCCCCAGCAGAGGCUGGGCAACAAGACAGAGGUGGCCCACAGCGCCCUCUUCCUGGCCAGCCCCUUGGCGUCCUAUGUGACGGGAGCCGUGCUGGUGGUUGAUGGCGGGACCUGGAUGACAUUCCCUAACGACGUCAAGAUGCUGGCGGCCUUCGGAUCCGUCUCUGCGAAGCUCUAGCUGGUUUACAAAGAAUGGCUCUAUUUCCAAAUUUUGGAGUAUCUGGGGGACACCCAUCACAUCCAGACCUGAGAGCAUCUUGACCCCACACGAUACCCGCCUGGCAUCUGCUGGAGGAGGAAGAAGGAAUGUUGGCCGGGAAGAAGUGGAAUUAACCGCCAGCUCCUCCGCCCCCGGACGUAAUCUGGACACUUUUACCCAGUGGGAGGUGAUGUGAGAGCUUCACCUCGGGAACCUGUGACCUGCGAGGUUCCUUUCGGAAAGGAAGUUCCGAAUCCGCUCAGGAACCCCGCCCCCCCCCGCCUGGUCCUCAGCACCCGGCCUGGGUGCGAGCCGUGGAUGUGGCUGCUGGGGAGGCAUGGUGGGGGCGGCCCGUGGGCUCCAUGGCGACUGGAACUGGAGAUGCCUUUGCUACCAGGAGGGAGCAGGUGCAGCCACUGCAGAAGGAAGUGUUAAAAUAAGAAAAUCAUGCGAACCCGGCUGAGUCAGGAGGUAUUAAAUUGUGCCUUACAAAUGCACGGUC